AUGGGGGUCUAUGACCACCUGGACUCCAAGUACAAUAUGAUGGGCGCGUCGAGUUUCUCUAAACUAGCCCCGAAGCGGCCCAACACCAUCGUGUUCGGCGCGGGCCCCAGCAAGGUGCAGAAAAUGAACGAAGAGGAGGUCCAGCAGGCUGCGAAUGCGCCCGACAAGGACAAGAACCCGAACGGUUUCCACAAGUGUAAGAAGUCGCUGCCAGUCUAUCGCCACCGUAAAACGCUGGUCAGCAUUGUAAAGAAGCACGAUAGCCUGAUUGUGAUCGGAGAGACCGGUAGCGGCAAGACUACGCAGAUUCCACAAUUUUUAUUCGAGGCUGGACUGGCCUCAUCUGGGUGCAUCGGUAUCACGCAACCGCGUAGAGUAGCGGCGGUCAGCAUAGCAUCGAGAGUCGCGCAGGAACAAGCGGUCGAGCUUGGAAAAUUAGUCGGGUACUGUGUCCGUUUCCAGGACAUCACCUCCUCGCAAACAAAAAUCAAAUACAUGACGGAUGGCAUGAUGGUGCGAGAAGCGAUGACUGACGAAAUCCUGUCGGAUUAUUCGGUGGUGAUACUCGACGAAGCUCACGAGCGAUCCGUGCAUACUGACGUCCUGUUCGGGGUGGCGAGACGGGCGCAGAAACUGCGGAAGAUGAAGAACUUGCCACCCUUGAAACUAAUAAUCAUGUCGGCGACCAUGGAUGUCAACAAGUUCGUCGAGUAUUUCCAGGCACAAGUGGUGUACCUGGAGGGUCGUCAGUAUGAAAUAAAGGCUUAUCAGACGGUCUCCUCGUACGAGAAUUAUUGGCUGCCCGCCUUAGCCACGCUGUUUAAAAUACAUCGCGAGGCGCCUCCAAACGAGGAUAUCCUCGUAUUCUUGACUGGCCAGGAAGAAAUCGAAUCGGCCGUAGCGUACACCCGCGAAACGGGUAAGCAUCUGAGUACUAUCGUUGAUCAUCCGCCUCUAAUGGUUUUCCCAUUGUACUCGGCAUUACCUACCCGCCAACAGCUGGAGGCUUUCAAACCGUCACCGCCGGGAUCGCGCAAAGUAGUAUUUUCGACCAACAUCGCCGAAACGUCCGUCACCAUCGGUGGCAUCCGUCACGUGAUCGAUACUGGUGUUGUCAAAGUGAGAACUCAUCACCCAAUGACGGGGUUGGAUAUGCUGAAGGUGGAGAAAAUCUCGAAGGAACAAGCCAAACAAAGGAUGGGGAGAGCCGGCCGCGAGGCACCCGGCAAGUGCUACAGAACCUACACGCAAGAGGAAUUUGACAAGCUGGAAGAUACGACAGUACCCGAAAUUAAGAGGUGCAACCUCGCGGGAGUCGCUCUUCAGCUUCUCGCUAUCGGCAUUGACAUCACCACCUUUGACUUCAUGGACAAGCCGCCCAAGGAGGGCGUGGAUAUAGCCGUGAAAUGUCUGGAAAAAUUGGGCGCAGUUAGAGGAUCUCAGCUAACCACCCUCGGCCGGACAAUGGCACGGUUCCCAUUGGAUCCUCGGUUCACCAAAGUGAUCCUCGCAUCGGUGGAGCACAGGUGUCUGGAAGAGGCAUUGACGGUGAUUGCUCUACUCUCGGGAGAAUCGGUAUUUAUGGACUCGACCACCAAGAGGGCACAAGCUUCCAAGGCACGCGAACGUUUCGCCUCGCCCGAGGGGGAUCACGUAAUGCUGUUGAAUAUAUUCCGCCAAUACCAGAGCGCCAAGCUGAAGAAGGUAUGGUGCCACGAGAACUUCUUGCACUAUCGAAAUCUGCAGUACGGCUCGGAGGUGAGGCAACAGCUCGCGGCGUUGGCGGAACGUGCGAAUUUGGAGAGCGCGAGCUGCGGGACGAAUACGGAACAACUGAGAAAAGCUUUGCUCGAGGGACUUCACGAGAACCUCGCGGAGCUGCAGCGGGACGGAACUUACGUCACGAUGUUCACGAAGCAGCCGGUAAGCAUACAUCCGUCCUCGGCGUUGCACGGCACGAAGCCGGCGAUGGUGCUGUUCACCGAACUAGUGGCCACCAGCAAGUAUUUCCUCCGCGGCGUGUCCGUCAUCGAGCCGAGCUGGCUGACUGAGAAGAAUACCGGCGGCCCUGGCAAGCACAACUGACGCAACUUUUUUAUCACCCGGCGUUAUUUAUAUGGUGCUUAUUUUUAUUGAUGUUGGAUAAGGCGAAGAGCCGAUCGAGGCCGUCGCAUAAAUGGGACGAUGGCUUUCGGAAUGACGAGGGACCGAGCAGCCCUUAUUGACACGGAUUUUCAGAGAUCGAUCUCGCCAGAUAAUUAUCGUAUUGUCCUAUUUAUAUCCGCGAGGAUCUCCAUCGACUUUCGCUCACGUUGACAAUCUUAUUGAGAUCAAGAGAGAGAGAGAGAGAGAGAGAGAGAGAGAGAGAGAGAGAGAGAGAGAGAGAGAGAGAGAAAGAGUGAGAGAGAGAGAGAGAGAGUAGGAGAGCGAGCAGAAGGGAAGAGGGACAAAGAAAGAGGCCACUUUUUCGCUAUUUAUAUACUUUAAUAAGAUGAAGAUA